AAAAAGCAGUGGAAAGAAGAAAUAUGAAUAAGGCUUCAUCAAGGUCCAGUCCGGCACGAAGUCAAACGGAAAUGCUCAAGCGAGACAGUUGGGACAUGGCCGCUCCACCUUUAAGAGCCCUUCUGGCGCUGACACCUCAGGAGGCACAAGGGAAACCUCGUGUCUGCUGCUGUUACUACAGCUAAGUGUUAUGUUUUGCAGCACAGGCUGUAAAAAAAACUUGUGAGGAAGAAUACACUUGAUGUUUUCUCCUGCCUCAAGUAUCAGAGAAGCAGAGGCAUACCUAGAGAACGCCGAGGGGCUGUAGCAUUCCCAGUGCCAUGUUGUAGAGGACUUUGGGAUCUUGCUGCUUCCAGUGCUGAAAUGAGACUGGAAAAGAGUGCGAGUGAAGCACAAGACAGAUCAAAUGUCUCUGCACUCUCCUGUCUGCAUGCAUGCUUGCGUUGUCAAUACCUGGAACCAGUUCCCUUCCAUGCAGUUAGAGUGAUGUGUACCUAUCAGCUUCUCCUGGUUUCCCACCUCUCGGUAGGCACAGUGUGUGCAGCUCCUGCCCAUCCUCUGUUUGUGAAAUCACUGGCAAUCGGAGAAGACACGGGCUGUCCUGUUGCAGGAAGACGACGUCAGUUUCCUUUCCAUGGCAUUACUAGGGAGCACACGAAGACGUGCUGUGGUUACAGUUUGGUAUAAAAGGCGUGCAUCUUCUAUGCCUACACUGUAAAGCUAUCAACACAAAGGAGUGUUGCGUUUUGGACUUGAAGGUAAUCAAGCUCUCACGUGUCUGGUGUGCUCUACUAACUUGACCUGUUGAAUUACCAAAAAGCGCAAAUAGCAAGACACCUACCACCAAAAACCAGAGAAUGAGUAGCUGCAAUCCCUGGUAUCACCUAGGUCUCUUGUCUGUGCUGCAUUUAACCUGCACAGGGCCAAAUGCGCUUGCAGAGACCAGCGUGUGGGCAUCACCCAGGAAGUGCUUUGGCACAGAGCUGAGGGUUCCCGUUGUGGAUGCAGCAAGCCUUGAGCCUGGGCAGAGUCAGGUGUGCUCGGUGCUGCCUUGAGGACCCCAAGAAUACUGCAAGUACUUGAGCAGCAGGCACUGAUGGCUCAUCCUUGGCCAUCAGGUGUGUAACGCUGAAGGUGCUGGGCAGCACUGCGGGUGUGAGAGGCAGACGCCUGUGCCAUGAGCGUUAAUCCUCGGACAACAUUGCAGAGGGACAAGCAGCAGGCACUGAUGCCAAGGGCAUUGAGACCUGUGUCAUCCUGCAUGUAUGCAAGAGCAGAUGCCCAUGCAAUGGGCCCUAAGGAGCACUGGAGGUGUGUGAGCCAUGGGCGGUGGUGCCCUGGGCACUGGGCUGUGGACUGGACUACUGCCAUGGCUGCCAAAGGCUUUGGUGCCUCUGUGAUAGGCACUGGAUUCCGGCUGGCACUGCAGACAAUGUGGCCAGCCCAUGUCACUAGCAGCAUGUCUCAAGCAGCCCAUGGGCACGGGUGGCGAUAAGGUCACGGGCAUCGAGUCCUGGCAUGGCUGCGGAUGGUGGACUCUGGACCAUGCUGCAGGUGUGUGAACGGCAGCGGCUGAUGCCGGUGUGUGGAGUCCCAUGCUGCGCCCGAGCAGAUGUGACCAGCAGUGCUGACGUUGCAGGAGUUGGACCGAGGCGACAGAAGCGUGGAAGCAGAAGGUGCUCUGCCUUCAUGCUGCUGCCUCUCUGCAAGCAGCAGGGCAGCGAUGCAGGUGCAAGAACAGAGGGGACCCGCGUCACGUCUGUACUUCUGUUGCAGUUGUGCAUUGUUCAUUCUGGAUCUUUUUGUCUCUGCAGAUACUGAAUAUGGCCUGUUCUGGUCACCCCCACGCCAGCUGGAAUAAAUGUCGUAUGCCAAACAAUUACACUGCAUCUGCCUCUUUUGCUAUAUAGUCUUACAACUACAGAAAGAUCAGUUAAUCAAUAUCCUCUAGAGCAAAUCAGAAGUUUCCCCUGAGCUUCUGCCAUUGUUCAUUGUAGGUUGGGGGGGAAGUGGGCGAUGACGUGUAUCUCUCAUGGGAUGUGGUUUCAAUACAGAUCACAAACAAGAAGUGGAUUUGUGUGUCCAAGAGGCUGAGAGUGUUUACACUUGUGUGCAAAUACAGUGUUUCUUUUACAGGAGGAGACUAUAUAUUUUCUUAGUGGCAACACUAGUUUUUCCCAAGAUCUGUUUUGUAUCUGACGUAAAAAUAGAGAGUGCCAGCACGCCUUUGUAUCCCCAGCACAGCUGUGUGUCUGUGCUCAGACUCUGCACAUCCAUCUUGUACUGUCUGCUCUACCUGACACAACUUGGGCACGUCUGACUCGCUGCUCCUGCCCUUCUCUCCAGGUGACUACUACGUGAAUGCACUAGAGUGGAAACAGACUUAAGUUCUGCUUACCUUUCAUAAACUAGAUUAGGCUGGUAGAGGACUCUAGUCUUUCAAGUUUUGGAAAUAAAAAGAUUCAAAAAACUGGGUUUUUUUUUCUGAUGGUUGUCAGUAUCUUGGGGAAAGAACAUUCCAAACACGUGAAGCUCAGUAGUUACUCUGCAAGAUUUUUUCAUGUUUGGCUUAGACUACAUUGAAGUUAUGGUUUUUUUCUGGAAAACAAAAUUUGACCUGGAAAAAACCCUGCUGUUUUGGGAAAAGAUGAAGACUGAACGUUAUUCUUCUUUGCCUCCAAAGACAACGCAGUACGAGGUCUGAAUGAGAUGGAUCAUUCAGAUGGGACAGAGAAGCCUGAUGCUGCUGAGGAUGCCAUUCUGGUUGGGCUUAGUAUCCUCUUAACACGGGGCAUCAUAAACAUAAAACUGGCUUUCUACAGACACUGUCCCUUCAAAUCCAGGACACGGCGGCAGCUAUCAUUGCUUUCUGCUAGCAGCACAAACCCAGCCACACCAUGGAACCUGCAGUGUCUUUGGUCACAACAAGCUCCUUUUUUAAUCGUAUGCCAAUAACAAAUUAUUUCAGGUAUUCCGCUGUCAUUGACUAGCGAAUUUAAUGGAUCCCUUGAAUGCUCCUGGCAAUUGCAUAUCUGUGGGUAUUAGGCUCCAGCACCUUGAAUUCUCUCAAAGAAUUUGCAAAAAUAUGUUUGGUAGGUGAUCUGUGACUGAUGUUAGAGGCCGGAGGCCUUGAAACGGUGGUUUCCGAGGUCCUGUUCACUUCUUCCACAGGUGCUCUACGUUUUUAGUGAUGCUUCAUUAAGGAGCUUUCUGGGUCUUGUUUGGCUAUGAUAAACUUUAGAAUUAAGAAGCUUCCCUAGGCUACUUCAACAAAUAGGUUUUCUGGCAAUUCUUGCUGUUGUGGGAUAGGAGGGAGGAUUCAGCUGCUGAGAGAAAGGGUUGCUUUGGCAUCUCAGGUAAGAAAUAUAGGGGUAACAGCACUCGUGUUGUUAGCAGUCUAAUGGAAUUUCCCCACUAUUUUCCACAGAGACCCAUAUGCCUACGGGGAUGGCCGAGAUGCCAGACGUGACCGCUCCCCUCUUCGGGGGAGCCCACGGAGAGACCCCAGAGAUGGCAGGGAUGGUAGAAACGGGCGAGAUUCCAGAGACACUCGAGACAUUCGAGCUAGAGACAUGCGUGAUGCCAGAGACCACAGGGACCGACGGGACCUGCGAGACCCACGGGAUAUCAGGGAUCCAAGAGACUUGCGGGACCCUCGCGAUGUUAGAGAUCUUCGUGACCCACGGGAGCCGCUGUAUGAUCGAUACAGGGAUCCACGGGAUAUGAGGGACCCACGGGAUAUGAGAGAUCCACGGGAUAUGAGAGACCCUCGGGACCCUUUGCACAGACGAGAUGACGCUUAUGACCGUUACCUUCACAUUGAAGACUACUGUCGGCGGAAGGAUGACUCUUACUAUGACCGUUACAAAGAGCAUUUUGAUAGAGCUCCAGGGAAUUCAGAAGACCGUCUGAAGCGUGAGGAGCGGCGCCGAGAGGAGCUAUACCGUCAGUACUACGAGGAAAUCAAGAGACGUUUUGAUGCAGAGAGACCUGUGGAUUGUUCUGUGAUCGUGGUGAAUAAACAGACAAAGGAGUACGCGGAGUCAGUGGGGCGGAAGGUGCGGGAUCUGGGCAUGGUAGUGGACCUGAUCUUCCUCAACACAGAGAUGUCACUGACGCAAGCCCUGGACGAUGUGAGCAGAGGAGGGUCUCCUUUUGCCAUUGUCAUCACCCAGCAGCAUCAAGUUCACCGCUCUUGCACUGUUAACAUCAUGUUUGGCACCCCACAAGAGCACCGCAACAUGCCCCAAGCUGAUGCCAUGGUGCUGGUGGCAAGGAAUUACGAGCGCUACAAAACAGAGUCACGGGAGAAGGAGCGCGAGGAAAUCGCCCGGCAGGCUGCCAAGAUGGCAGAUGAAGCUGUUCUGCAGGAGCGGGAGCGCCCACCCCCCAUGGAGGAGGGUGUCAGAGGAGGUCACCCUCCAGGGAUUCAGACUCUCUUGAACCUGCUGGCAGACAAUCGCUAUGUAACUGCUGAGGAGACUGAUAAAGUAAUUAAUUACUUGAGAGACCGGAAGGAACGGUUACUGAGGGGAAGCACUGAUUCUCUGCAGGCAUCCAUGUCAAGACAGUCUUUGGGGGCACCUUCAGGAUCAUCUCUGGGUAGUCAGUCCAGCCUUCCAAGCUCUCAGGCUCAUCAGGGUUCACAGCCUCUGGUCUCUGCUCCUUCUGUUCCAGCGUCCUCUUCUAAUCCCCAGCAGGAGCUUCAAGCAAAAAUCCUCAGUCUCUUCAACAGUGGGGCAGCAGCAGCAGCAGCUGCUGUAGCAAACAGCAGUUCUGCAGCCUCUGCGGGCACUUCAGGUGGCACUCCGAACCAGAACUUUGCUAACAUGGCCAGCGGUCAGGCCCGGUCAGCACCAAUCAGCGCUGGAAAUUUAAACCAGGCUCAGCAGAGAUUGCAGACUCCAAGCACGCAGCUUCCUGCUCUCCAAGGCCCUUCAAGAAAUGCAGGUCCAAGACCUGGAGCUCCUCCACAAGCUCAGUCGCUCUAUGGUCAGCACCAGAAUCGCCUCCCUGCACCUGCCAAUGUACCUGCUCAAAGGCCAGUAUCUUCUGGUAUCAACUUUGACAACCCUAGUGUACAGAAAGCCUUGGACACCCUUAUCCAGAGUGGUCCUGCACUCUCCCACCUAGUGAGCCAAACCGUGGCCCAGGGGCGAGCAGGGUCCUCAGCCCAGCAACCUAUGGGUUCUUACCAGCGACACUAUUAAAGCUGAGCUGUCAGGCCCUUUCCCCUUCCCUUUGCCAUUCCAUACUUAUAGCUGUUUAAAGAGUCUCCUGUCCUUGACACGGGACAAAUGCCCCUGGAUAUGCAUGUCCUCUCCACUUUGGCGAGAGUGUACCCCCAGUGGCAUUGCUGGUGACUGUUGCUAGCGCUGCCCUUCCUCACCUUGGUCUGGUUAGCAGUGUUUGGGGAAGUAUGCUCUAUUUUCUCAGCGGCACGAUGUGCUAAGAGCCGCUUUGGAUAAUCGGUUGUUUUGUCCGGUCCCGGAAGCUGCUGCAAUGACAGUCCUCAAUUUUCCUCACUCCCAGUAGCUGGUGCAUCUUCACAUUGUGGUGCAGUCUGGUCUCGCCAAAUGGUCUUAGUAUAGUUUUGGGUCAGUGGUUUUGAGGAAAUAGGGAACUGAACAGAGCGGUCCGCUGAUGGGCCUUCUCGGAGACCCACCUUUUUGGAAUGGGCACUAUUUUUCUUUGGAUUUUUUUUUUUUCUUUUAAUGGCAUGUAAGCCAGUUGGGAAGUAACAGUGGUAGCACUAGCAGCUGAACUCAUGAAGUACAUGCCUGACCACUACGCAGCAACCCAGGACCGUGCCGUUUGGUCCUUCCGUAGCUGGACUGUCGUGUCCUGGCAGAGUGAGGCAGAGAAACGCUCCUCACCUCACCCAGCUCACGGAUCCCGGCAGCUUUGGUCAGAGUCCUGUGGCAGAUCUGAAACACGAGAGCUUCCAGCCAAGGCAGAGAUUUCAACUGGUCUGUCAGUUUUCCUACACCAAGUAGUCAGUGUUAAGAUCAAUCUGUUAAAUUUGGUGGAUAAAUUUCCUUUUCUUAUAAUCUUGCUUUGGGACGGUUGGUUACUGUAGCCCAGCAGCUCAGCCGCGGUGAUGCUGAUGUGGUGCCGGCCCUCCCUUGGGAAUACCUGCAGCCAGUUACCAGGUGGGGGAUUUCUGCUCUCUGAAACUUCACCUCACUGUCCGUGGGUGUUUUGUCCAUCUAAGGUGGAGAGGCAGUGCCAAGAUGCAAUACCAUAAUUUUAUACUUUUUUUUUUUCAACACUUUGGUAGCUGCAGCGGACAGUUGAGCGGAAAAUCGGGCAGUGAUUCUUCACCGUGUUUUUAACCAGUAACAUACUUUGAUACCAGAACACAAAACGUCUCUCAACUCUGUGGUCCUCCCCGUCACGGCCUUCUUAGAGUCUGUAGGCUUCCUGCGGAAAACCUAAAGAAACUGAGAAAGCAGUGUUCUUGGAGCAGAGGAUUUUCAUUGUCCCAGGUGGUUUGUGUUGUAGCAUAUUUUUUUUUUCUCUUUGUGCUGUUAACAAGAGGACAUUACUUUUUAAUAAAAAGGCAGGAAAAAC